AUGCAGCGGGUUCUCAGCUUUCAAAUGGCUCGCGGACUCAGUGAGUCCAGCGAGUUCGUGACAAAACGUAUGUGCUUCUCGUUUCUACUCUCUGUUGGGUUUCUCUGCCUUCUAUGCGGUUUCUUGCUCGGCCGUUUCGCCACGCAAAGGGCCAUCGAGUUUCGCGCGGAAAAGAAACGUUUCGAAUUAGCAGGAAAUGGUCUCGAGAGUACGGAGUACCUUCAACGUUUGGUACUCGAACAACUGAAAAGGGCACCUCUCGAUCUCGAUUUCGAAGUGAACUGGAAGUCAUUCACAUUGAGGGAAGAUGACAUACGUCGAGCAAACGGAAUCUUGUCAAACUUGUCGCUCGUUCACAGUGUCGUCGACUAUCAAUCGUACAUCGUGGCAACUGUUCAAGGAUCAAGAGAACCUGACAGGUAUGUGGUUCUGUCAGUAAGCGACGAAGGUGUUGGCAUUGCGUUGAAAUUGGCGAAGAUUUUAAAUGACAUUCAAAGGGAACAUGGCUGGAAACCUCGCAGAUCUCUUAUUUUUUGUCUAUUUUUUGGUCCCACGAAUCCUUGCACCGAGACAUUGUCCAGUUUCAUGCGACAUAGAGUUCUUGCUUAUGUUGCUGUACAUCAUCAAGCCUUGCAAGGUAGAGGUCCCUUAAUUGUGUCAGGAUCUGAUGCAGUAAAAUCUGCUGUUUUAGAAGCUGCUAAUAUUGUAAGGAAUCUGUACUCUUAUAAUGAUCAGGUGAUACCUUUAUUUAAUGUACCUUAUAAUUCAACAAUUACCCGCUUAGCUUUGGAUAUACCUCAUGCAGUCUUAUCAUUUAUGAACAACAACUUUACGUUCAAUGAUAAUGAUCAUCAAAGAGAGUUACGUAAAAUAAUUUUAGCCCAAAUACUUAGUCAAACUAUUUGGAGGCUAUCUGAAUGUUUAAUCAUGACAUGGAAUCCGACUUAUUUUAAUGAAACUGUUUCCAAAGCAUUGGCAUCUAUAAAUAGUACUGAACUUUUAGAAAUGAAAGAAAAAAUACAGGAUACUUCGAUCAAAUUGUUAAAUAACAUUGAGAUUUUAAAUGGAAGGAUUAACACAAUUGAUAGCACCAAUACACUUGAUACAAGGAUAUCAAAUGACUUGAUGAUGGACUUGGAUAGAGCUCUUCUAUGUUCUGAUACAAAAUCACAAUCCAAAACUAAUUGGUCGGAGGUUCUUAGACUAAGUCAUGAGUCUGAUAACAUAAUGUAUUUUAAUGAAAUGGUAAAGUGUUAUGAAACUGCGAUUAAACUGUUACAAAAUCGAUAGAAAAAUAGCAAAAUUAC